AUGAGGACAGCCUACGCCCUGGUCGGCCUCCCGGCCUUCACCCUCGCCUUCCCAGGCAUGAUGGGCAUCAACAACCGUGACGAUGCCCUUACUAAACUCAAGCAGAAGCGCGAGCAGGAACUCGCCGCUGCAGAGGAAAAGCGUCAGCUCCUCAGCGGCGUUACUGGCGCCCUUGGUGGUGCCCUUGCUGCCACCCUUAACACUUUGAUCGGCAACGUGGAAGCCGUGACGGAGAAUUUGGAUCCCGAUAACAAGCGCCCGGAGCCUGGUUAUGAGUUCAUUGCUCCUGGUCCUGGUGACUCGCGUGGUCCUUGCCCAGGUUUGAAUCUGUUGGCCAACUAUGGGUACUUGCCUCGUGAUGGGCAUGUGAACUACGGUCAGGUUGCUGAGGCCACUGCCCGCGGCUUCAACAUGGGCGUCGACCUCUCAACCGUCCUAGCCGUCUUCACCAUUCUAACCGACGGCGACCCAAUCACUCAAUCCUGGUACCUUGGAACCGGCCCCGACGGUGUCGGCGGCCUCAACCGCCACGACACAUCCGAGUGCGAUAUCUCGCCCAACAGAGAAGACUACUAUCUCGGAUGCGGCGAUAACCACCAUCUCUCCUCCCGCCUCUUCAAGCAGAACAUCAAAUAUGUCCUCGACGACCCCAACCACGAGUUCAGUCUCGACGCCAUGGGCAACCACUAUGCCGAGAGCGCCAGCUUCUCGCUCAAGAACAACCCGUACCUCUACUACUUCCCCUUCCCAUCCAUCGUCAGCACGGCGGCGUUUGCGUUCUACCCACAGUUCUUCUCCAACGGCACAUACGGUGCUGGUGGCGUGGCGAACUAUGAAUCGAUCUCCUCGAUCAUUGGUGCUCAGUACAACCAGGACUCGGGCGAGUUCGAGUAUGUUCCUGAGAGGUGGCCCGACAACUGGUACCGUCGCGCGACGGAGUAUGAUGCCGUCCAAGCUCUUGCCGAAGGCUUUGGUGUCAUCUACCCAAAGAAUCCAGUACCUAUGCCGAUAGCUCAGUUGGGCAAUCCAGCGACUCUCACCCCUCAGACCAUCCUCUGCGACAUUUACGAAGGCUUGAACAGCAUCACGCCCCUUGCUUUGGGAGGCGACGAAGAGGCAGCCGCCAACGCCAUCUCCUCCCUGCUCGGGCUCCUUACCAAUGUCGGUCUGGACGGUACAACACUCGGCUGCCCUGCCAACGCUCUGUCGCCCAAUGCGGGAUCUAUUCUCUAUCCUAACGCUAGCCAGCCAGGUGGUCCAUUGAAUUUGCCGCCAACAGCGGCAGAUGCGCGGACGGGGAACAAUGUUUAUGAUCAGGUGUACUUCAUGCAGGCACCUACCAGCCCGCAGUGCAACUAG